UUUUUGUUGUAUUAUCUGUCCUUUAAGUCGUGCCUACAAAGUAGUCCUCAAGGUGCGGAAGUGCUAGAAACUUCGAAACUUAUUGAGAACCGAUUCAGAUUUCAGUCCUACUUUUGGCAUUGCGAUUCUUGAAGCGUGUAAGCUAAGUUAUCGUGCGAACUGUCUGCGCUUAUUUUGAAAAUAAAAAUCAGCCCCAAUUUUAACAUUUUGCAAUGGCAGCCACCAGACGACUGCAGAAAGAGUUGGCUGACAUCCGAAGAACUGGCAUCAAGUCCUUCAAAGACAUCCAAGUGGAUGAGAACAACAUCUUGCUGUGGCAAGGACUCAUUGUGCCUGAAUGUGUACCGUACAACAAAGGAGCUUUCAGGAUCGAAGUUGUGUUCCCUGCCGAGUAUCCAUUUAAGCCGCCGAAGCUGACCUUCAAGACUAAGAUUUACCAUCCCAACGUUGAUGAGAAAGGCCAAGUCUGCCUGCCUAUUAUCAGCGCCGAGAACUGGAAGCCUGCCACUAAAACAGAUCAAGUGAUCGACUCUCUAGUGCAGCUAGUGAACGAGCCUGAACCCGAGCACCCUCUCCGCGCCGACUUGGCAGAAGAGUACACCAAAGAUCGCAAGAAAUUCAUCAAAAAUGCUGAAGAAUUCACCAAAAAGAACUCGGAGAAGAGGCCAGCCGAUUAGGGUUUUUGUAGAAAUUCGUUAGGCCUUAGCAAACAAUUACUGGGAUCAUCUGUGACAGUUGACGAUACUGUCCGUCUCGUAGCUUUAUCAUAAAAGGAACUUGUUUAGUUAGGAUUAUUGAACUCAAAUUUAUAUCAAUAAAGCGUUACGCUUUAUUCUUGUACAUUCAUGAUUAAUUGACAACCGAAAAUACCGAGGUUAUUUUUGUUCAAGUGCACCAGGGAUAUUAGUAGUUUAUGCAUCUUAUAAUUGACAAUCUAGUUUUUUUCGUAAAAACUUCAAAAUAACGUUUGAACUUAGGCGCUAAUUUUUUUUUUUUUAUAAACAUGCAAAAGUGUUUAUUUUCAACAAUGCCAUGCGGUAGGUUGCAAAUAACUACUGCAAGUCCUGGAGCUCUCAGGAAACUCAAAAUGUUCACAGCAACAAGGUCUGCCAGAUUUCCCUGCUUUGUAAGAGUUAUGCCUCGAAGGCGGCAGGCAAUUCGACUCAAAUGAACACCUCCUCGCCAGCGCUGCUCGUUGGAUGAAGCUGUGCACCAACAGUGAUCUGCAGGCAAUUUCUAUUUUACGUGGUGAUGUAACUCCGCGAGUAGUCGGCUACCUUGAUGCGAGGCAGUCAGUCGCUUCCGGUACAGAGUUUGAAUAGCAUAUUUGUGACGAUGGCAGGAAGCAGAGUGCCGUUUCCUAAUCCUUCUCGGUUAUUAAUUUUGUUAUUUUGCUUCGAAUGUGUGCGUCGAGUGUCUUUGUACUAAAGAAUUUGCAGUUUCUUUGGCACUUAUUUUUGCUUGCGGUGUCAACCCGGCAAAUAGUGCUUCCGAUUGCUGUGGUUAACUUAUUUAGCUCCCAACACUUGUGGCCAGCUCGAACGUCGCCUUUGAGGACAUGUUUGAUCAAGUAUAUAGACAUUAUUGACGGCAGGACAUUAUUCUUUGACUACUCAUUGCUUGUUUUAUUUAUGUGAUCGUACCGAGGAAACUUUACGACACGAGACUUAGCUUACAGAUUCGUACUUCACCUAGUUUGCUUUCGCGUUUAUUAUGCUCGUUCAUUAUCUUCGCAUUCUGGAAAUAAUCUCUUGUGCAUUUUGACCGUCCACGGUAGCAUCCAUCCCCACAUUUGUUUGAAAAAAAAAUUUGUAACCACCGUGCCAGUGCUCUCGAUCCACCAUGAUGCUAAGUGUAGUCAUUAGCAUUCAUUUAAUGAAUAAGUGUAAAUCAUAUUAUUUGCUAGUUCUAUAAAUACCAUCAAGUGGACUUCUAUCUGUACAAUAACGUAUCUUGGGAUAUGUUACGAAUUUUAAAAUUGAUUACGUUGAGAUCAUUUUCUUUUACCCCGCCGACCUCAACAACUGAGAACCAAUAUUACUUAGUCCGUUCAAAUGCCAGCUCGCGCCAGUGUAUACAUUGAAUUGAACUCUGCCCCGCUCGUCCGCAAGUGUUCGAUUUGAAACCCUACAUUUCCCGCUCACGUAAUUACCGUUGUCCUCUGCAUAUGAUUUAUAAAGCAACUAGUGAAAAUGAAAUCAUGUUUUCAUAUAAA